GAGCCGCAAAGCCGUCGCGAGAACUACAUCUCCCAGAAGCGCACCGCGUGCCCCUUCUCUUGCUGCCCUGAGCGCGGGAUUUAGAAGGCGCGAAAGAGAGGCGACGGGAGAUCCGGGUUGGUGAGGGAGACGCGGUUUGGUUCUCGCGCGGUGGACGGAGGGGCGUGUAAGUCAAAGGCGGUGGGAGCCCUGCUGGCGCGCUCAAGGGGAGAGGAAAGGCUCGGGGACGAGCGCGGGGCGAAGCUCUUCUGGCGGAGCCGGCCGUGCACAAAAUCGAAAAAGGAGGGCUCGCUGCCAGGUGACGUGGUUUCUUCUCUGUUGCACCAUCUCAAAUUCACAGAUCAACCAGUCAAGAUGGGAAUCCAUGGUUUGGCCAAGCUGAUCGCAGAUAUGGCUCCUAGUGCCAUUCGAGAAAAUGAUAUCAAGAGUUACUUUGGCCGGAAAGUGGCCAUUGAUGCCUCUAUGAGUAUUUACCAGUUCCUAAUUGCUGUUCGACAGGGAGCUGACAUGCUGCAGAAUGAAGAAGGCGAGACUACAAGCCAUCUGAUGGGUAUGUUCUACCGCACUAUCCGCAUGUUGGAAAAUGGCAUCAAGCCUGUCUAUGUCUUUGAUGGCAAACCCCCCCAGUUGAAAACAGGUGAAUUGGCUAAGCGUACUGAGCGCCGAGCUGAAGCAGAAAAGCAGCUGCAACAGGCCAAAGAGAUGGGUGAGGAGGAAAAUGUAGAAAAAUUCAGCAAAAGACUAGUUAAAGUGACAAAACAGCACAAUGAUGAGUGUAAGAAACUGCUGGCCUUGAUGGGCAUCCCAUACAUAGAUGCCCCUGGUGAAGCUGAAGCUAGCUGCGCUGCACUGGUGAAAGGAAACAAGGUCUAUGCAGCUGCUACUGAGGAUAUGGAUUGUUUGACCUUUGGCAGCCCUGUGCUAAUGCGACAUCUUACAGCAAGUGAAGCAAAGAAACUGCCCAUUCAGGAAUUUCAUCUGAACCGUAUUCUCCAGGAUUUGAGCUUGACCCAGAAAGAAUUUGUGGACUUGUGUAUAUUACUAGGUUGUGAUUACUGUGAAAGCAUCCGUGGAAUUGGACCCAAGCGUGCUGUGGAACUCAUCAAGCAGCACAAAAACAUAGAGAAGAUUAUUCAGCAACUAGAUGCUAAGAAAUAUCCCCUGCCUGAGAACUGGCUGCACAAGGAGGCCCAAAAACUCUUCUUGGAGCCUGAAGUUGUAAACCCAGAAGAAGUGGAGUUGAAGUGGAAUGAGCCUGAUGAGGAAGGGCUUGUUAGCUUCUUAUGUGGGGAGAAGCAAUUCAAUGAAGAAAGAAUCCGUAAUGGGAUCAAGAGACUGAAUAAGAGCCGACAGGGUAGCACCCAGGGUCGACUGGAUGAUUUUUUCAAAGUGACUGGCUCUAUUACCUCAGCUAAGCGCAAGCAGCCAGAACCGAAGGGAUCAGCCAAAAAAAAAGCCAAGAGUAGUGGUACAGCAACAUCAAAAUUUAAGAAAGGAAAAUAAAGUUCUAGAAUGGUGCUAAUUAUUCUGCACUUUUGCAUGAGGACAAAAUAUAUUAAACAGCAAAAUCAGGAUCUUUCUGUAACAAACAAUUGCCUUAGGAUACUCAAACAGUGAAACAAUUGUUGGUAGCCCUUUAACACAUACACAACUGCUGCAUUCAAAAGAUGUUUGGAACCUGCUAAUCAGUGGUCCCCAUAUACUCUUGUUGAGGGACCCAUAGCUUAUUUCUCCUAUCACCUUGAGUACUGUGAAAUCUCAGCCAUGCCAUGUAUGGUGUUUAAUCUGUCAUUGCUAACCAAACUGUGAUGAAAUGGCUUAAUUGUCAAUUGCAGAUUUCAAUAAAUAUUGGCGACUUGCUAAAUGUGAUAGAUACUAAAAUGGAUUUUGUGAGAUACAAAUACAGGGUUAGUAGCAAUAUCUGUGGUACUGAGAAAUUAGCUUUUACAGCUGCUGUUCAAUAAUCUGUUUGCUUCAGUACUUGUCAGAUGGGAUCGCUGCAGAGGUGAUACAUUUAGCUUCUCAUCCUGCCUUGGUUUUGCAGUCUACUUUUGGCCAAAAAAGACUAUUGUCUACGAUGGCAGGAAUUAUUUCAAAAAUUGACAGUCUCUGAGGAUUUUAAAAUAAUAGUAAUUAAAAAAUGGCAGUAGUGAUAAUUUGGCAGUGGGUAAAAAACUUCAAAGAAGUCAGAACCUUAAGAGUGUUUCGUGUGCAUUUUACAGUACAGUAGAAAUUUCAUGCUGGUCUUACAUUUGAUUUAUAAUGUUUAAACUGCAUGAUGGAAAAGGGGAAUUAUGUUUUAGAAAAAAUAAGGAAACCAUUUUAAUUCUUUCAAAAGUAUACAAUAAAUCUCCAUUUUCA